AUGGCGUCAGAAGAUUUGCCCACGGUGCGGCUUGGCACUGCGCGCCAAUCCGAAGGCGGAGCUCUGAUUUCCGUCGAAGGUGGCGCCUGUGACAAAGAGAUCGAAUCCCAGCGCCUUGCCAAAGCAUGCUUGCUACGCGUCUAUGCCAAAGCGCGCGACAACGUAUCAGGUGGUGCUGUGAAGAACAAGGUCCCUGGUCCGACCCCCUCCCAGGGGGGCGCCAGGCUUGCCAUGGAGGAGUGGAUGGAAACACAAAAGGCAGUUUGGGACUAUUUCUUUGGGGAGCCCACCGGUCCAAACUACUUGUUUCCGGAGCCGACGGGGCCAACUACGCCCGCCCAGGGAGGAGCAAGGCUGGCUGCUGAGGAGCUGAAUGCCACAGGUGUGUGGCUGCGUGGUCAAGCGAACCAGCUCUUCUGCAGCUUCGUGACUUCAUUUGGCCUUGAUGGCCGCAGUUGCCGUGUUGGCUGCAUCUGA